CCAUGUACUACUACUCGUCGGUAUCUCGACGUCCUAGAUCUCUGCAAGCCCCAUCAUAUAACACAAGUACAAAGACCGUCAGUCCUUUCCUCCUUAUCAUCAUCACACAUGUACAUUUCCUAAAUUUAUGCAUCUCUUCUCAUGCUUCCACGGUCUUUGCCCCCUCUAGACCUUUCACCUUUCCUUUUAUAUUUCCUCUCUCCCAGUCUCUCUCUCCUUUUGGGUUCCUUCAAGCAUUAACAAGCUUAAUAACACUGAAUGCUUCCGUUUCUUGAAAACUUGACCACAUACUCUGUUUUGGUGCUCUUCCAAGGUCUUCAAUGGGGCAUUGUUUAGCUUGUGAGUUCGAGUCCUUUGGUUCAUUUGAGAUGUACUUAGAGAUGCUAUGCCCCGAAGUUUCUAGCUUUAAUGGUCAUCUUCGUGGUGGGUUUUAUUAGUACUUAAAGACUUCUACGGUAAUUAGAGAAAUUACAGUUGAGAACUUGGUUCUAUUCUUUUUGAUAACUUGGACUAAAGUUCCAUUAGGAGUCGAGAAGUGCAUGACAAUAACAGCUGAGGACUUAUUUUGAAUUUAAGGUUGGUGUUGGGUUUUUCCUGUUCAGCUGCCAAAUUUCAGCUUUUGGGUUUUCUGGUUUUCAAGGCAUUUUCAAAAUGCAUCAGCAUUUUGGGUUCAUCUAGGAAUUGGGGAUUUCCAGAUCUGAGAGAUUAGGAAGCUUAUAUUGCUUCUGGGUUUUUUUUUCUCUUUUGAUUCAAAAGACUGCGGCUUGAUCACUUAUUUGGUUAAUCUCAGAUCUCACUGUCUCAGUGUGACUUCUACUCCUUUUGAACCCAUUACUGAUUUUGUUUUAGGGAGGUUUGAGGUAGUAAAGUUAGAGUCUUGAAGAAGGUAGUUGUGUGUGAGUUUCCAAAAUGGGGCAUUCAUCAGCAGUCUGGGACUGUAAGGCAGCAAUUGAGAAAACAAAGGACUUGAAUGGGGUCGGACAAGUUGUUCUUCGAAACCCACAAGGGGCUUCAGCGCAGGUUAGCUUGCAUGGAGGACAGGUCACAUCAUGGAGGAAUGAGCAUGGAGAAGAACUCCUAUUCACUAGUAGUAAGGCAAUCUUCAAGCCUCCAAAAGCAAUGCGAGGAGGAAUUCCCAUUUGUUUCCCACAGUUUGGGAAUUGUGGAUCUUUAGAACUACAUGGUUUUGCAAGAAACAAGCUCUGGGCAAUUGAUGAUAAUCCUCCAGUGCUUCGCCCAAAUGAUUCCCAAGGAAAAUCAUUUGUUGAUCUACUUCUUAAACCAUCUGAAGAGGACCUGAAGUUCUGGCCCCAUAGUUUUGAGUUUCGCCUAAGGGUGUCUCUUGCAAUGAAUGGAGAUCUGACCCUGAUAUCACGAGUCAGGAAUGUGAAUGGCAAGAUGUUUAGUUUCUCUUUUGCCUACCACACUUACUUUUUGGUUUCUGACAUAAGUGAGGUGAGGAUCGAAGGGCUGGAGACAUGUGACUACUUAGACAACCUUUGUCACAGAGAACGUUUCACAGAACAAGGAGAUGCCUUAACUUUUGAAUCAGAGGUUGAUCGACUUUAUCUGAGUUCACGCAAAGUAAUUGCAGUUCUUGAUCAUGAAAAAAAACAGACAUAUGUAAUCAGAAAGGAAGGACUACCAGAUGUUGUUGUUUGGAAUCCGUGGGAGAAGAAAUCAAAAUCCAUGGUUGAUUUUGGUGACGAGGAAUAUAAGCAGAUGCUUUGUGUGGAUGCUGCGGCAAUUGAGAAACCCAUCACCCUGAAGCCAGGAGAGGAAUGGACAGGGAGGUUGCAGCUCUCGGUUGUGCCUUCGAGUUUCUGUAGUGAGAACCUGGAUCUUGAGAAGGGGGGUUUUUGAAGAAUGGUACAGAGCUUCUAGGGUAAAAAGUGCUUUUGUUAAUGUUAGCUACUAGGUGAAAUUUUAGAAAUGUCCUGUUGUAGCUUGCUAGUUCUUUAGAUUUAAUUAGGAUAGGAAACCUUGUAAUGAAACACUGCUUCUAUCUUUUUAGUUCUUUGUGAAAGAAUGGGAGGUCGAUAAACAAUUACCAUGUUACUGUAAUAAUAUCAUCCAUGGUGUUUGUGUUGAUCAGAGCUGAAA